CUUCAUCAUCAUCAGGAAACACACAUCUGAACAUCCACACACACACACACACACACACACACACACACACACACACACACAUACGCACACGCGCACACACACAGCGCAGAGCAGAACCAGAUCCCACUGAACCCGCUCUCAAACCAACACACAGAAGUGUUAAACCCUCAACCACUGAACAUCUGCCUGUGUGUGUGUGGGAGAGAGAGAGUGUGUGUGUGUGUGUGUGUGAGCGAGCAGGGUGAGAUAGCGGGCAGGUUGUGCUCCUCUGCAGUUUCAUGUUCAGUCGUGUUCUUCUGCUGCUGCUCAUCUCCAGACGGUGUUCAUCAGGAAUGGGCCGAGUGCUCUCCAGCGCCACCCUCAGGCAGAGCAGUGUUCUGCAGCAUCAGUGUGUGUGAGUGUGUGUGUGUGUGUGAGAUCUGCAGAUGGAUGCGUCCGGCUCCUCCAACAGCUCCAGUUCUCCACUCUGCAUCUCCUACCAGAGUAAUGCGGUUCUGCAGCGCCACUACAACUACACCGGGAAGCUGGAGCGCGGCCGGUACCGGGACGGCCUGCAGCCCGAGGCCGUGGCGCUGCUGUGCGUCUGCCUGCUGAUCAUCGCUGAGAACCUGACGGUGCUGCUGGCGCUCCGCAGGAACAGGAGGUUCCACAUGCCCAUGUUCUACCUGCUGGGCAACCUGGCGCUGUCGGACCUGCUGGCAGGCGUGACCUACAUGCUGAACGUGGUGCUUUCGGGCCGGAACACCCUGCGCCUGACGCCGGCGCUGUGGUUCCUGCGGGAGGCCGGUGUGCUGGUGACGCUGGCGGCGUCGGUGCUGUGUCUGCUGGCCAUCGCAGUGGAGCGCGGCUGCACCAUGCGGAGCUCCAGGCCGCAGCAGGGCUCCAGGCGCCGCCGCCGCAUGCGGGUGCUGAUCGGGCUGAGCUGGGCCCUGGCGCUGCUGCUGGGGGCGCUGCCGGUGCUGGGCUGGAACUGCCUGCAGGAGCUGCGCUGGUGCUCCACCGUCCUGCCGCUCUUCGCCAAGAGCUACGUGCUGUUCUGCGUGUCGGUGCUCAGCGGCGUCCUGCUGGCCAUCGUGCUGCUGUACACACGCAUCUUCCUGUUGGUCAGGACGCACGCGCACACACACACGCAGCGGUCCCGCAAACACAUGGCGCUGCUGCGGACGGUGGCGCUGGUGCUGGGCGCCUUCAUCCUGUGCUGGACGCCGCUGUUCGCUCUGCUCCUGCUGGACGUCUCCUGCCCCGCCAGAGCCUGUCCAAUCCUCUUCAAGGCAGACUACUUCCUGGGCGUGGCCAUGCUGAACUCGCUGCUGAACCCCGUGAUCUACACGCUGAGCAGCAGAGACGUGCGCAGCGCCGUGCUGAAGCUGCUGUGCUGCCGCUGCACACCGGACACACACCGCCGCGGCCUGCAGAACACACUGUCAUCCGCCAACGCCACGUCCAUACACAAGUCCAUCUACCCCAAACUGCGGCUGUCCGUCAUCACCUGAGUCACACACACGCACACACACACACACGCGCACACACACACACGCACAUGCACGCACACACACACGCACAUGCACGCACACACACACAUGCAGGCACGCACACGCGGCAGGAACUGAGGAGUGUUCUGGACAUGACACUCACACUGGGUCAAACAACCCUUUCAGAUGCCUUAAAGGAGUUCAACACACACACACACACACACACACACACACUGCGCACACACACACACACACACAUGCGCACACACACACCUGCAGAUGUGUGUUUCAGCUGCAGACUCAGUGUGAUGAGCUUCAGAUGUCUGAGUAGAUGUCCUGACGGUGCUGUCGGGCUGCUCUGACUCCACAGCGCUCAGCAGCAGAACUGAUCCCCGGACUGCAGGGUCUGCGGCGGCUCGUGCGGCAGGAUGAAGAGCUCGGUGCUGUGGGGACGCUCCUCUGCUGUAACAUGUUUGUGUUGAUGCUCCUCUUUAUUAUAUAAUAAAUGUUUGUAUGAAUAA